GGAAAAUAAAAAACUAAGUUUGGCAACCCUGCUAACCAGACUAUUUUAUGAAGUUCUAUUUGAGCUCUAAUUAAAAUAAUAUUAAUUUUAUCCUCAUGACUUGACUCUAUCCUAAUUUACAAUGAUUUGUUAUAUUGUUCGAACAGUUGUAUUAUUGAUAUUAUGUAUUGGAGUUUCAGAAAUAUCUGCCGAGUGCACAAUACCUGUGGUUUUGAGAAAUACUUGGUUUUCAUACGAGAAUGGGAAACAGACCAUUACGGAUAUCAAUGCUAGUGAUAUGACGGGAAGGGGGCGAUGUGUAAAUAUAAAAGCUGAUUUCCAUGUCAAUUACACAAUGGUAUUCCAGUACACAAAUUGCUAUUAUUGUGUUAAACUUAUUGUGCGGACUGUUAAUGUAUUGGAGAAAAUUGAAUCUCCUUGUGUUGACCUUGCACCUCAUGAGGAGCCAACAGUUGAAAGAGUAUGUAAAGGAUUAAACCCUGACCAAGAACUUAUCACCUUAUUCUCCGAAAAUUAUGUACCGGUUAACUGCAGAUCUUCUUUAGAGGGAGUAUGGCACUUUGCUUAUCAGCAAACGUUUCGGUUUACUGGUGAAUGCAAUCAUCCAGAUAAUCAGAUUAAAUCAUGCCAGACUGCUGGAACACAGUUUCUAAUAACAAAUCAGAAAUUUAAUAUUACAUACCGAAAAUGUCCAGGAAUGUCAGAGACAUUUGAUGGUGUCGUAGAGUAUAGUUGUCUAGGUCAUUGGUUUGUGGACAAAAACCACUUCUUUGCUGUGGCAAACACAAAGGAAUCUCGUAAGGAUGAAAAGUACCGUUGUUUCCUUAAGAACAGAGAUGAUGAUUUGUUCAUUGGGGCAUCCAUUACAGCACAAUGUAACACCCUGAAAACUGUUGAGAAAUCACCAGAAAGAUACAAAAUCACUCCCGUUAAGGCUGAAGUUGUUGAACCUGGCUGUAGACUCCCUCAAAAUUUUUCUGGAGAAUGGAUUAAUACUGCAAAUAUUGAUGCUGAUGUGUUUAUUAAUGAAACACACAUUAUCGAAACAUAUUAUCCAGAUGAAAGCAGAUAUAGAAAAAUCAUAUAUGUUUGCAAAGAACAAAGGGAUACCAGAGUAAUGAUGUCUCGACUUACUGUUGAUGGUUGUCAAAAAGAUUACAUCUGUUUUGAUUUUGUACCACAACAUCACAAUGUUAUAAGAUAUCGUAAAGGUCUUGCAAUGAUCCAGAGUAAUUUUCAUACAGUUUGCUCCUGGGUUCAGUUUCCUAAUAAAAAGAAAUGGCGUUAUGACAUAUUUUUAAAGAAGGAUCCAUCACCCAUUCGGUGCCCAGUUGCUGGCAAAUUUAAUUUUACUCAAAGGGGAGACGUGAGGUUUGAAACUAGGAUUCUUGGUGGAGUCACACUGAGUCCACGCCCCAACCUAUAUUGUAAACUGAAUAUUAGUGAUUUCUCUGUAUGUGAUACAGAUCAAAAAACCGUACAAAUUAAAGAAAACUACUGUUUGUCAGUGGAUUAUUUAGGAAGGCCAGUCGACAUUUACAGUGAUCCUGAUUAUCGAAUGAAAUGCAUUGGUUAUUGGAAGGAGAACCUGAAAUCAUACCUCAUUACUUAUGAUGAACUGGAUCCAUAUUCAAAAUAUAGAUGUUGGGUAUAUCAAAGAGCAGAUUUGAAUAGGAUUUUAAUGUCACAAGCAUUGGGACCAUACUGUGAUUUGAACCAGGACGUCACAUCAUGGAACUACACCGAAGGUGCUGCAGUUGCAAUCGAAAUGGAAGAAUAUGAAAGGGAGCGUGACCAGUGUCCAAUGCACUUCGACGACGGCAGCAAUCCCUGGACACUGGAGGAGAAUUUCAUUAAAGUUUUCACAUUUUCUUACUCUUUCUGGAGAGGGAACAAUGGAGUCAUGUUAGGCACUAGCUUCGUUGUAGUUCUACUAACACUACUGACUUCUCUGUUUCUAUAAUUUAUAUGUAGUAUGUGCAGACUGAUAAAUUAACUGAUUUUCUUUGUUUUUCUAAGAAUUUAUCUCAUGACUUAUAAUUUUUCUUA